GGCCCGCAUGCACUGCAUCUCAUUUCCUGGUGACGAACGAUUGGCUGUUUUGGCUCCCUGUAGUCACGUGGCCACUGAACUUUCUUCAGUUGACAGAAAAGUAGGAGGGUUCUGCUGGACGGGAUUGACCGACGAGUAAAGGGAUGAGAUAUAAAUUUUAGUCAUAUAUUUGUGCAAAUGCACAUAAAGUGCGUCAUUAAUGGUCAUGAGCUCCUAUUUGAUCAACUCCAACUAUGUGGACCCCAAAUUCCCACCCUGCGAGGAAUACUCACACAGCGACUAUCUACACAGCAACUCUCCGGAAUAUCACCGCUCCCAAAAGCAUGAGCCUUCCGCAUUCCAACUAGACUCUACUACCUACCACCACACGCACCCUAACCAGGAGCGUGCGGAGCCACAGUACACCCAAUGUCAGCGGGCUGGGAAGCAAGCCUCGGUGGUGAUGCCCCCUCGCGGCCUCGUUAUUCCCCAAACAGGAGUAAAAAUCGACCAAAUCCCGGAGCACGACCGGGACUCAGUGACACCCAGCCCAUCUCCGCCUCGGUCGCGCGAGGCGCCGUCUCACGCCCAACACACUUCUCCCCCUACAUACACUAAAAAAGGCCCCGCAGUGUAUCCGUGGAUGAAGAAAGUCCAUGUAAACAUUGAGAGUUCAGACUACAAAGGCGGAGAGCCAAAGCGCUAUCGGACAGCGUACACUUGCCAGCAAGUUCUGGAGCUUGAGAAGGAGUUCCACUACAACCGAUACCUGACGCGCAGGCGCAGGGUGGAGAUAGCGCACACAUUGUGUCUGUCAGAGCGCCAGAUCAAAAUCUGGUUUCAGAACCGGCGAAUGAAAUGGAAGAAGGAUCAUAAAUUGCCCAACACCAAGGUCCGGUCUGGGAAUCACUCAAACGCCCAAUGUUACACUGCAACCUCCACCUGACCAAAAAUCGAGCCAACUCCUGCAUUUCUGCCUUUCAAAGCAACGACAAUGUAUAGUUAAAAACGGCAUGUGAACUGGUAUAACCUUUCCUGACAGUGAAGCCUGUUUAAGUCCACAUCGACGGUGGAGCUACACAUGAGACAUAAAAUAUAAUAAAAACACUGAUUUCGAUUGGGUUUAAAAUACAAAACAAUCAUGUCCCACAUUAAAUUCCCAGUUUUUUUAUAUGCUUAUGUUUGAAAUCCACAACAGCAAAACAACAAAUUUGACUAUUAUUCCCCUUUUUAUAACGCGACAGAAAUGUAUUUUUGUAAGGCAGCUGGAUCAAUUGAUAAAUGGAUUGAACAAGGUACUGUUAUGUCUGUCAUUUUGCCAAACCACUCGCACGGUCCUGUUGCCGAACCGCAACUGAACUGAACUGAAUCUUUCCAUCAAGCUAUGUAAAUAUAUAUAUAAUAAAAUAUAUAAAGAAGCUUUGUCCUUCCUCAUUACAAAAUACUUGCUGUUCGUAAAACAAUCACAUGUAGCUCUCUCUUCAGAGGUUUUUGAAUGUUCAUUUGAAUGUUAAAUAUCUGUAGACUGACUGCAAAAUUAUGAUGCAUGCUUUGAUACCGAGAAUGAGGGAGCACUUUUGCUUAUCCUUCACGAAUAAAUUAAAUAUCUAUUUUCGGUAAAACGAUGCUUAAAAUCAAAAUACUAUAUCACUCAUGCAACAAUAAGCACUCCAAAUUUAGCUUUUUAAAAAAAUUUUUACCUCAGCUGCGCUUUACAAGUUUUAUUUAUGUCGUUCAAUAAAGAGGCACAAUUUCAUGCAUUCUUAUUAUGUAAUGAAAAGCUUUCUUUUGUGAUUUUUAAAUACACAGUGGUACCUCAACAUCCAAAUUAAAUUCGUUCCAAGACUUGGUUUGUAAAUCCAAAUGAUCGUAUUUCGAGCAGGAUUUUCCCAUAAGAACACAUUAUAAUUUGAUUAAUUCAUUCCACAGCCCAAAAACCUAUACUAAAUACUGCAGGUACAAUGACUAAUACCAAUUACACAUUUCAAAAACAAAUGAAUUAUAAAUACAAAUCGCAAUAAUAAUAAUAAAUGGAAAUUUUAAAAAUCGCAUUUAUUGUCACCUUUACUUAUACAAACUGGCGAACAGAGGUGGGAGGAAACGUGGGUGCAUGUGGACUAAUUUAACAAAUGCAAUAAGACACAUGUAAAACAAAGAAACUUUGGGGAAAAAAAAAAAAAAACGGUGAGCCGUGUUGUCUCGCCAGUUCACUCACAAGCACACCACGCUCAUAUUUUUCUAACAUUUCCUUCUUAACUUCAAAGUUAAGAUUCAGCUUUUUUCUUUUUCACUACAUGCACUAACCUUUUUGGGACCAAUGUUGAUUUCACCCACAAGAAAAUCCACCGUGUGUUCGCGUAGCGGGAAAACAAUGAACUUGCGACCAUGUCAUACAUCGUCGUAUUUCAAUAAUUUCGUCAUAUGACGAGACAAAUGACAAGUCAGAUUUUACGUUGGAUGUAUAAGGAUAGUAUGUGUGUUGAUCGUAUGUCGAGGUACUACUGUAAUUUCAACUUGUUUAGUCCUAAAACGUUACAAGAAGACCAUUAUUGUAUGACUGAAUAAUUUGUUACAUGCAGUAAAAAUUGCAGCAGGGCUGAGAACCAAAGUGAUAUUUGCUAUGUUGCAAAAUGGAUUUUGCCAUAUAGCAUUUUUAAGUGGCAUUUGCCAUGUGGCAGAAUGUAUUUUACCAUGAGACAUUUUUUUGCUUUGUGGCAAAAUGUAUUUUGCCACGUGGCAUUUUUUUCCAGGUGGAAAAAUGCCAUAUGGCAAAAUAAAUGUUGGUAUUUUGCCACAGUUUUUUUUUUUUUUUUUUUUUUUUUUGCAUGUGGCCAAAUGUAUUUUAACACGUGGCAUUUUUUGUGCAAUGUGUCAAAAUUGAUUUUGCCAAGUGGCAAAAUGUAUUUUGACAUGUGGCAUUGAUUUUGGUAUGUGGCAAAGUGGAUUUUGGUUUGUUUGUUUUUCUGCCAUUUAAAAAGAACUGAAAAUUUGGACGUGCAUAGCCGUCAAUGGCAUGGACGUGCAUGGCCUGCAAAAAUGCCACAUACCCCAAAAACAUGCCACACACACAAAAAAAUGCCACGGACCAAAAUCUCUUUUGUAACAUACCAAGAAAAUGCCAUAUGUCAAAAUACAUUUUACCACAUGGCAAAAAAAAUGUCACAUGGCAAAAUCAAUUUUAGCACAUGGCAAAAAUUGCCACAUGUCAAAAUCAAUUUUGCCACAUGGCAAAAAAAGUUAGAUGGCAAAAAAUAUGCCACAUGGCAAAAUCCAUUUUGCCACAUGGCAAAUACCACUUUUUUUCUCGCUGUCUCUCAAAAAUCGUACACCCCUUGUUUUUCCUUUUACUUAUAUUAUAUGGUUUGUCCAAAAGUGUUAUUUUUAAUAAACGUUAUUUUAUUGAAAUUCCAAACAUAUCAUUCUAUUGUUGAUGUUCAUAAUAUUAUUAUUCAUAACAACAAUAAAAACAACAACAAUAAUAAGGGUGAAUAGCUCGCGAAAAUUUUGCUCAUU